GCUAGGGACCUGGUUACAGAUUUACUUCGAACAAUGUCUGAUGCGUGGAGUAAAGUCCUUCUUGGCCUUCAUAAAGUCAUCCUCUUUUUCUCAGGAGCUUCUCAAACCUGUGCCCCAAACAUGAGGGCUCAGACGGAUCCCGAGGGCCGGACACAGCAUGAGUCUCCGGGCUCAACAGGAAAUUCCACCAGGGAUCCACAGAUGCCCCUGCCCACGGAGCCCAAAUUUGACAUGUUGUACAAGAUUGAGGAUGUGCCACCUUGGUACCUGUGUAUCCUGCUUGGCUUCCAGCAUUACCUGACAUGCUUUAGCGGCACCAUCGCUGUUCCCUUCCUCCUGGCCGAGGCACUGUGUGUGGGCCAAGACCAGAACAUGAUCAGCCAGCUCAUCGGCACCAUCUUCGUAUGUGUGGGUAUUACCACUCUCAUCCAGACCACACUGGGCAUCCGGCUGCCACUGUUCCAGGCCAGUGCCUUUGCGUUUUUGGUUCCAGCCAAAGCCAUCCUGGCCCUGGAGAAAUGGAAAUGUCCCCCAGAAGAGGAGAUCUACGGUAACUGGAGUCAGCCCUUGAACACCUCUCAUAUCUGGCACCCACGGAUGCGAGAGGUCCAAGGUGCAAUCAUGGUGGCCAGUGUGGUGGAGGUGGUGAUUGGGCUGAUGGGGCUGCCUGGGGCCCUGCUCAGCUACAUUGGGCCUCUCACAGUCACCCCUACUGUCUCACUCAUUGGCCUGUCUGUCUUCCAAGCUGCUGGUGAUCGAGCAGGCUCCCAUUGGGGCAUCUCAGCUUGCUCCAUUCUCCUGAUCAUCCUCUUCUCCCAGUACCUGCGCAAUGUCACCUUCCUGCUGCCCAUCUACCGCUGGGGCAAGGGCCUCACUCUCUUCCGAAUCCAGAUCUUCAAGAUGUUUCCCAUCGUGCUGGCCAUCAUGACCAUGUGGCUCCUCUGCUACGUGCUGACCCUGACAGAUGUGCUGCCUAAAGACCCAACAGCCUAUGGCUACCAGGCACGAACUGAUGCCCGUGGAGACAUCAUGAGUAUUUCACCCUGGAUCCGCAUUCCAUACCCCUGUCAGUGGGGCCUGCCUACAGUGACUGUGGCUGCUGUGUUGGGAAUGUUCAGUGCCACACUGGCAGGCAUCAUCGAGUCCAUUGGUGAUUACUAUGCUUGUGCCCGCCUGGCUGGUGCACCACCCCCUCCAGUGCAUGCUAUCAAUAGGGGUAUCUUCACCGAAGGCAUCUGCUGCAUUAUCGCGGGGUUACUAGGCACAGGCAACGGGUCCACCUCGUCCAGUCCCAACAUUGGCGUCCUAGGGAUUACCAAGGUGGGCAGCCGUCGCGUGGUGCAGUACGGUGCCGGUAUCAUGCUGGUCCUGGGUGCCAUCGGCAAGUUCACAGCUCUCUUUGCCUCGCUCCCCGACCCUAUCCUGGGGGGCAUGUUCUGCACCCUUUUCGGUAUGAUCACGGCUGUGGGGCUCUCCAACCUGCAGUUCGUGGACAUGAACUCCUCCCGCAACCUCUUUGUGCUUGGAUUUUCCAUGUUCUUCGGGCUCACACUGCCCAACUACCUGGAUUCCAACCCUGGCGCCAUCGACACAGGCGUUCCUGAAAUCGACCAGAUUCUGACUGUGCUGCUGACCACCGAGAUGUUUGUGGGCGGGAGCCUUGCUUUCAUUCUGGACAACACAGUGCCAGGGAGUCCAGAGGAACGAGGCCUGAUACAGUGGAAAGCUGGGGCCCAUGCCAACAGUGAGACAUCUGCCAGCCUGAAGAGCUAUGACUUUCCCAUUGGGAUGGGUACAGUAAAAAGGAUUGCUUUUCUGAAAUACAUUCCUGUCUGCCCAGUCUUCAAAGGAUUUUCUUCAAGGUCAAAAACUCAGUCUUGUGUUCCAGAAGACAUUCCAGAAAAUACAGAAACUGGGUCUGUGUGCACCAAGGUCUGAACAUUACUUCGAAAAAAGGUAUUUAAAGAAACCUCUUAAAUCACUAAGCUGACUACUCUUCUAAUGAAACAGAAACCUUGAUGGUGAUACACACAAAGAGAGUACAAAAUUUGCAAAGCAUUUCAGAAGGUCAGUAAACAGACAACUGCAAAAAGUAAGUAAGUAAUCCUGGGGAGGGUAGAAUAUAAUUUCCAGAGUUACCUCAUUAUAAUAUUCAAAAUGUCAUUGUCAACAAAAAUUAUUAGAUGUGCAAUGAAACAAGAAAGUAUGUGCCAGGUAUGGUGGUGCCUAAAGCAAAGGCAGGAGGAUCACAGGUUCAAGGCCAAUCUCAGCAAUUCAGUGAGAUCCUCAGCAAUUUAUUCAAGACUGUGUCUCAAAACAACAGUAAGAACAAAGGGGCUAGGAAUGUUACUCAAGGGUAAAGCACCCCUGGGUUACCAAAAUACAAACAAACAAAAAAACCCAAAACCAUUAAAACUAUCAGAAUAUACAUUUAAAACUUUACAAUUUUCAGCAUUAAUCUCAUGCAAAUGACACUUUUUUUUUUACUUUAUUCUUUUUUUAAAAUUUUUUUUAAAGUUGUAGUCGGACACAAUACCUUUAUUUUCAUGUGGUGCUGAGGGUGGAACUCAGCACCUCACAUGUGUUAGGUGAGCACUGCUCCACUGCUGAGCCACAACCCCAGCCAACUUUAUUAUUUUUUCCCCCUACUUUAUUUUUUUAUGGUACUGGAGAUCAAACCUAGGGCCUCCCAGAUGUUAGGGAAAUGCUCUGCCACUGAGCCACAUAACAGCCCUUUUUAUUUUGAGACAGGGUCUUGCUAAAUUGCCUAGACUGGCCUCAAUGUGGUAAUCCUCCAGACUCAGCCUUCUGAAGUAGCUGGGAUUACAGGCAUGUGCCACAAUGCUCAGCUCAUUUUGAAGAAUUUUAAAGCUAUAAAAAAACUGACACAGUAUAAUGAACACUUUUGCUAUAGUUUUCUCUAAUUUUUACUUAACUUGUGGAUAAAUUGCACCCUUAGGGCCUUGCAUCAUGCUCUUUCAUUCUCAAAUAUUUCAGUCCCAUCACCUUACUGUUUUGAUAUGCAUAUUUUCUUCCACACUUUCUUUUGCAGUACUGGGGAUUAAACCCAAGCCCCCAGCAUGCUAGGCAAGUAAGUGCUCCACCACUGAGUCACACCCCUAGCUCCUUCUCAGACUUGCUUUAGAAUCAUUUUGCCAGAAUAAUCUACCAUUUUCAUUACAUUUUGCAAUUUAAUCAGGAUUGAUAUUUUAAUAUUAUGUCUUCUGGUCAGAAAAGAUGGUAUGAAUAUUCUGAUUUUAGUCUCUUAAAACACACAUGGAGAUUUCUUUUUCCAAUUAUGGUGGGCUAGAUUAUUUGCAUCAGUCUUCCUACUGAAAAGUAAAAGUGAUGAAAAAUUUUUUUGUUGUUUUUGGUAAUAGGGACUGAACCAGGGGUUCAGGAGUGCUAAGUGGAACUUUCAAUCAAUGAAAGCACUGAGGGCUUUUGUUUAUUAGACUUCUGUGGGUUGCCUCCUUGGCUGUCUCAUGGGGCAAGAUGCACAAAAUUCAAAUUUGAAAAUCUAACAGCAGGAGAUUCUCCUUAUCUACUCUAAACUGGAACCUCAAAGGGUAGGGCAGUCUCAAGGUAAAGAUGAACCCAAAGAAAUUCAUACUGCCUACCAAGUUGACUUGGCUCUAGCAAAUCAAGAAAAAAAAGUCCAAAAUGUUCUAAACCAUGAAGUGAGUAUAAGGUGGUCUUGAACUGGUAGUGUCCUGAUGCCUGAUAAAACCAAAUAUAAAGGACCAAGCAUGAUGGCACUUGCCUGUAACCUCAGCAACCCUUUAACCCUCUUCAGAAGGCAGGAGGGUUAAAGUUUAAAGCCAGCCUCAGCAAUUUAGCAAGGCCCUAAACAACUUAGCAAGAUACUGUCUCAAAAUAAAAUAUGAAAAGGGCUGGAGACUGGGUUCAGCAAUAGGAUGCUUCUAAGUUAAAUACAAGAGAGAGAGAGAGGAGAGAGGGGAGAGAGA